UGGAUGGAAUCACGGCGGUGGCGGCAGCGCGCGCGGGUGAAUCGUAAAAGGAGACGGCCGAAGGGGGAAGGAAAGGGGGUGCGCGGAAGACUACAUGACAUAAAGACUUCAAAGUCAUUGCCAAUUAAGGAGUAAAUGCAGUCCUGAAUCUAAGAUUUCUCUCAUUUGAAGUUUUUUCAAGAAGAGGAAAAAAGCUUUUCUGAUAAACCUAAUCAUGGAGGGACUCUUGCAUUAUAUAAAUCCCGCACAUGCUAUUUCUCUUCUAAGUGCUUUAAAUGAGCAACGUCUGAAAGGACAACUUUGUGAUGUUGUUCUCAUAGUAGGAGAUCAAAAAUUUCGAGCUCAUAAAAAUGUUCUAGCUGCCAGCAGUGAAUACUUUCAAUCUCUAUUCACUAAAAAAGAAAAUGAGUCUCAGUCAGUAUUUCAACUUGAUUUCUGUGAACCAGAUACCUUUGACAAUGUAUUAAACUACAUUUAUUCAUCAUCUUUGUUUGUUGAGAAAAGCAGUCUUGCUGGUGUGCAAGAAGUAGGGUACAGUCUUGGAAUUUCCUUUCUUACUAACAUUGUAUCUAGAAGUCCUCAAGUUCCUUUGCCUGCAUGUCCAAUUAAGAAAAUAUUGUUCCAAGAAGAUGAUGAAAGUGGCUCCCAGAAAAGAAGUGUAAUUGUUUGCCAGAGCAAAAAUGAAACACAAGGGGAAAAUGUUGGUCAAACCUUACAUGAUAUAAGCCAUAGUUCUAAUUUUUUGUCAUCAGUUGGUAUCAAAACUAAGUGGUCUCAACAAUCAACUGAAUUUCAACAUAGCCUAUCCCUAAAUGAAAAGAGAUGGUUGAAAGAUAGUUCUUUAAGAUACUCCAAGUCCCAUGAAUCAUCAGUUACAGUGGAUGAUCAAAGUAGAAUGAAAAGAAAUGCAAUAUUGUCACAGAAACCUUUUGCAGAGAAGGAACUGGUAGCUGAUGAACUAGGAGAAAGUGAUCAACUAUUAAGAGGAAAGACAGAAGAAAUGCCCUUGAAACAAUCUUGCCCACAAGUUGAAUCCAUAUGCAGUUCAUCAGAAUCCACAUUUUUGUUGAAUGAAAGAGAAAAAGGAACUAGUCCAGGUGAAGACAGGAAUUUGCUAUACUAUUCAAAGUUAGGAUUAGUAAUCCCAUCUAGGAUAGCUGGUUCUGAAAGCCAAAGUACUGACAGGAGUGGACCACUUGUAAAAAGUCUUCUUCGAAGGUCAUUGUCAAUGGAUAGCCAAGUUCCUAUUUCUUCAUCUUCUAUUGACUUAAAGCUUUCCCAAGGAUCUUCAGUGGGGAACAGUGCACAAGGAAUAAUGUUAAAUGUAAUAUCACAAAAGUCACCCAUGAAAGAUACUUCAGAAAUAGCAGCUUCUGAUGAUAAGACACAGAUAAUGCAUCCACAUCGUCUUAGAUCCUUCAGUGCUUCUCAAUCAACAGACAGGAAUAUAAGUUCUCAAGAAGUACAGAUUAAAACUGAACCUAGCAGUCCACUUUCAGAUCCAUCUGAAAUUAUAAGAAUUACAGUGGGAGAUACUUUAUCAUCUGUCAACAAAAGUGAUUCCUUUAAAACUGAGGAUGACCACAGGGAACUCAGUAACUCUUUUAAAGCAGAAGAUGACCAUAGGGAGCUCAAUAGACUUCCAGCUAAAAGAAGAUUUCAAGCAGACAGAAGGCUACCACUCAAAAAAAUUAAGGUAGACCAACAUGUUUCCCCUGAGUCAGAGGACAAUUUUGAAGAAAAUUUGAAUCCUGUACCCUUUGCUGAUUUCCCAGAUUCUGAUGUUAGUAGAGAUGAUUGUGGUGAAUUGGAGGAAACAAAGCCUAACAAAAAGUUUAAGUGCAAACACUGUCUUAAGAUUUUCAGGUCAACAGCAGGCCUACAUCGUCAUGUCAAUAUGUACCAUAACCCAGAGAAACCAUAUGCUUGUGAUAUUUGUCAUAAGAGAUUUCACACAAACUUCAAAGUUUGGACCCACUGCCAGACACAGCAUGGAAUUGUAAAGAACCCCUCACCCGCUUCCAGUUCACAUGCUGUCUUAGAUGAAAAAUUUCAGAGGAAAUUAAUUGACAUUGUAAGAGAACGGGAGAUUAAAAAGGCUUUGAUUGUUAAACUAAGACGUGGCAAACCAGGGUUUCAGGGACAAGCUAGUUCACAAGCACAACAAGUCAUCAAAAGGAAUCUGAGGUCAAGAAAUAGAGGAGCUUACAUUUGUACCUACUGUGGGAAAGCAUAUCGCUUCUUAUCACAGUUUAAACAGCAUAUAAAAAUGCACCCAGGGGAAAAACCAGUUGGAGGAAAUAAAACUCUUAAACCAAAAGAAGAUAGUCGUAUUGAAAACCCAGUGGAAAACAAAAAGGUUUAUCAAUGUCGUAUUUGUAAUGCUAAACUUUCCUCUCUUACUGAACAAGGAAAUCAUGAGCGGCUCUGCCGAAAAGCAACAGUUUGUGCUUACUGCAGUCUUCUGUUUUCUUCUCCAGAACUGAAGCAUGACCAUGAAAUCACAUGCGAAUACAAGAAGCUCACUUGCUUGGAGUGUAUGCGCACUUUUAAAUCCUCCUUCAGUAUUUGGCGUCAUCAAGUUGAAGUUCACAAUCAAAAUACUAUGGCUCCAACAGAGAAUUUUUCUUUACCAGUUCUGGAACACAAUGGUGAAGUAAGUAAUGCUUCAAGAUCACAUUAUCAAGCAGAGCCUAACAAAAUGAGCAGCUUUGUUGCAGCUAAAGAAGAUGGUGUAUUUAGUGAUUCCUCAGAGCAAAUUAAUUUUGAUUCAGAAGAUUCCUCAUGCCUCCCUGAAGAUCUUAGUGUUUCUAAACAGCUGAAAGUUCAAAUCAAAGAAGAACCUGUGGAUGAUGUAGAAGAGGAGAUCUCUGAAAGCAGUCGGGAACCAAAGGAAAGCAUUGCUAAUAAGGAGACAGGUUUGUGGCCCUGUGAAAAGUGUGGGAAAAUUUUCACCAUACACAAGCAACUAGAGCGUCAUCAAGAGCUUUUAUGCUCAGUGAAACCCUUCAUUUGCCAUGUGUGUAACAAGGCUUUCCGAACCAAUUUCCGUCUGUGGAGUCAUUUCCAGUCCCAUAUGGCACAAGCUUCAGAGGAACCUUUGCGAAAAGAAUCUGAGAUGUGCUCUUCUGCUAACUCUCCCUCACCACCACCUUUGCCUCCACCCCCUCCACUUCCCAAAAUACAGCCCUUGGAACCUGAUAGUCCUACAAGCCUGUCGGAAACCCCUUCAGGUAGUGAGAAAUUAUUUGUUCCACAGAAGUCUGACACACUUUUUUAUCAUGCUCCACCACUGUCAGCUAUCACAUUCAAAAGACAGUAUAUGUGCAAACUUUGCCACAGGACAUUCAAAACCGCAUUUAGUCUUUGGAGCCAUGAACAGACACACAAUUAAAGAAACGUUUAAGAGUGCCUACAGAAAGUUUCAAAAAUCUGUUUAAUUUCUCUGAUGUUUCUGAAAUUGCAUCAUUGAAAGUAGAUUAUAUAUAUUAUAUAAUAUAUGGCAUACACAUGCAAAGGGUCAAGAACCCUCAAAAUUAAACUUGAAAUUUGUGAUGCUGUGUUUUGGAUAUAGAAAUGAAGGUAAACUAAAUUUAUCCUUACUAGAGAAAAUUGCUCAAACUUUUUGAUAUUGUCGUUUCAGAUUUCCUAGUUAUAGAAUAAUUGCAUUCAUUAAAUCUGAGUAUAUAUUUCUCAUGAUGUUAUGCUGGUAAACAUGGAUUCAUGUAAGAAGAAGAAUCAAUGACUGAAACAUUCAGAGUGCAGGAAAACUUCCAACUAGUUGUUUAUACAGAGAAUAACUCAUGAGCUCCAUAUAUUAGUCAUUCAUUUGAUGUUAAGGGAAGAAGUGGAUUGAGUGCUUUGCUGUGUUGGCCUUGAUCCUGUUGAACGUUAGCAAUAACAAAUAAAACCUCAAUUGAAUUAACUUGACCCUUAUUGAAAAACAUUGCUUAUCUUGGAAUUAUUUCAUUACUGGAAUUUUCUGAAUAGAUAUUGUACAAGAUAUAAUUGAAGAUUAGCAAUAUGUGAGUAUUUGGAUUUUUAUACAUAUACAGUAGGUGCCAGCUUUCCUUUGGCUACUUUAAAAACGAUUUUGAGUGUUGGAACAAAGAUACAGUGCUUAUUUGAUCCUCAGAGGCUCAUAGCCUUACAUUUUAAUACACAGAAUUAAUGUAAGAAGCAGCAGCAAGCUGAUAUUCCAAUACAAACUGUUUAGUUUUUGAAUGAAAUAACAUUUAAUGGAUAUCAGAAUUUAAGUUCUGCUUUGCUUCUGAUCCGUAUUGGUGCUUAUGUUUCAUUAUAGUGGAAUGUAUGAAUAUGAACAUUUUAAAAAUGAAAAAAUUCAUUUUCAUUAGUGGGUAGUAGUGAGCCUGACCAAGACUGCAAAAACGUUUUUGGUUUUUUUAAUAUAACGUUAUUAAAGAU